AUGGCUGGUUAUGGCGCACUUGGUGCUCCAGCCGCCCUUGCGGCUGGCUCAGCCUACAAGCUCUCGAGCGGCUACGAGAUGCCAAUGUUGGGCUAUGGCACCUUUCGAUCUGAGCCCGGUGUUGUGAAGGGAGCAGUCUUGGAGGCCAUCAAGGCGGGCUACAAGCACCUAGACUUGGCACAUGUCUAUGGGAACGAGAAGGAGGUCGGCCAAGCCUUGAAAGAAGCCUUUGAGUCGAAGAUCGUGACCAGAGGAGACCUGUUCCUGGUUGGAAAGCUGUGGAAUUCGGACCACGACGUUGACAUAGUGCCACAGGCCUAUCAAAAGUCAUGCGAUGACCUGGGUGUGGAGUACCUGGAUUUGUACCUGAUCCACUUCCCCGUGGCUGUGAACCACACUGGCCUCGACAACCCCAACUGCGGCCCAGGCGCCCAACUCGGCACCACACCACUCAUUGACACGUGGAGAGCCAUGGAGAAGUUGGUCGAUGAGAAAAAAGUUCGCUCCAUCGGUGUGAGCAACUUCCCUCUGAUGCUCUUGCAUGACUUUUGGCUCCAGGCACGUGUGAAGCCUGCCGUGAACCAGAUCGAAGUGCACCCCUUCUACGUGCGCAACUCCCUCGUGAACUACUGCCUCAGCCGCAAUAUUGCCGUCACCGCCCACACGCCCCUGGGUGGCGGCCAGGCGAACACUACGCAGUUUUCUGCGGCCGCCGCGCCCAUGGAUUCGCCGGAGAUCAAAAGCAUCGCAGAAGCCAAGGGCAAGAGCUGUGCACAGGUGAUCCUGCGUUGGCUCCUGCAACGAAAGAUCCAAGUCAUCCCCAAGAGCACCUCCCCUGGACGCAUGGCUGCGAAUUCUGAUCUCUUUGACUUCCAGCUGUCCCAAGAAGAGAUGGAUCAGAUUAGCGCCCUGGACCGCUACCAGAGUGCCAAGACGAACCCAAAUCCGAUGUCGCACUUCCUCACAGGGCCCGAUAGCUUCGAGACCGGAGGCACCGAUAUCUUCGACUGA